CGCAUGUGAUAAUAUUCACUUUACUUUGCUGAGUGAGGAACCAGAAGCAGAACACUGUUUUUACCACUCAGCUGGGAGAGCUUCUCAUCUUUUAAAGUGCUCAGCUGUCCCAAACAGUCACAUGUAUGCACACACACCCACAAACACCCUCACACACACACACACACACACACAUACCCACGCAUACAUACAGACCCAGGGCUGGGCUGGGUUGGCCUGCUGGCAUUACUCAUCCCAAUCUCCCACCUGUUGGAGCCUCAUUUGGAAAGCUGAGCAUGUAAAGGACUGGGGCUGGUAGAAAGAGAGUUCCAAGAAGUUCCAAGCUGCAGGGAUCCCUCCUGACGGCACGCAGCGUAUAAGAACCACCUCACUUUGACAAGCAGGGUUCAAGUUCAACGUGCCAUCUGCUGGUCCAGACUUUGAAUAUUUGGAGGAACUAAACCUCGACUGACCAAACAAACACCAUGGCUAAUUAUGACUCGUUGGAUGACAAGGACUCCGUGGAUAUUCAUGACAACCCACCUCUCCCUGAUAAUGUGGUGAAAGAAGAAGACAACACGGUGUAUUUCAUCUAUGAUGAGGAGGUGGAGGAGGAAGAGAAAGAUGAAGCACCUCCCGCAGAACCAGUCAAACCAGUCAACGACAGACCUCACAAGUUCAAGGACCACUACUGCAAGAAACCAAAGUUUUGUGACGUCUGUGCGCGCAUGAUAGUUUUAAACAAUAAGUUUGCACUGAGAUGUAAGAACUGCAAAACCAACAUCCAUCACCAGUGUCAGUCCUACGUUGAGUUCCAACGCUGUUUUGGCAAAAUUCCUCCGGGAUUCAGAAGAGCCUACAGUUCUCCUCUCUACAGCAGUCAGCAGAAUGCUACAGUCUCACAGCUGCUGCCUUUCUCGCAGUCAAACCGCACCGACCCUGUUUUUGAGACGCUGCGUAUCGGGGUGAUCAUGGCCAACAAGGAGCGUAAGAAAGGCUCAGAGGACAAGAAGAAUAUGAUGAUGAUGGAGGAUGAUGAAUCCCAGCCCAAACAGGAUGACGAAGGAGGUGAAGGAGCAAACGCAGAAGGAGACAAAAAAGGAGACAAGGCUGCUGCCGAUGACAAGACUAAAAAGCUUCAGCCGGGGAAGAUCGGUGUGUUCAGUCAGUCUUUCUAUUAUCUGGCUCUGUACCGCUUCAAAGCCAUAGAGAAAGAUGAUCUGGACGUUCAGGCUGGUGACCGCAUCACAGUGAUAGACGACUCCAAUGAGGAAUGGUGGAGGGGCAAGAUCAGAGAGAGAACGGGCUUCAUACCCGCCAACUACAUCAUCCGAGUGCGAGUAGGAGAGACAGUCUACAAGGUGACACGCUCCUUUGUUGGCAACAGAGAGAUGGGCCAAAUCACACUGAAGAAAGACCAGAUUGUGGUGAAAAAGGGUGAGGAGGUGAACGGCUACCUGAAGGUCAGUACAGGACGAAAGCUUGGCUUCUUCCCCGCCAACCUGUUGCAGGAGAUCUGAGGAAGAACCGGCAGGCGUCAAAUCACACCUCCAGCCAGCUCCCAUCUCUGCAGCAUUAACACUUUAUACUUGAAUUUGAAUUUCAACACAUGUUAGUAUUUUCCCUUUGUCUGUUUGGAAACUUGACACAUCACCUGUGUGUAGAAUAUGGUGUGAUGAAUUUACUUAGUGAGCAGAGGCAUGUGCUAAAUGGACAGA